AUGUUUUAUUAUCCAAAUGUACUCCAGCGCCAUUCUGGUUGCUUUUCUACAAUUUGGUUAGCAGCCACCAGAGGUAUCCGGGUCACUCGCAGGGAGUUUCUCAAAGUAAAUGUAAACCAAACCUGCAGAGAAAUCUUGGAUUAUGUGACGGCGCAAGUUCUCGCCCCGCAGCCGGACCAGCCCAGACCUCGUUUCUCUCUCUACCUGUCGUCGCAGCUGCAGUAUGGAGUGGUUGUGGUCUACCACAGACAGUGUGGAUUUCUGCUUGAGGAGAUCCAACAAACCAUCGAUCGCCUGCUGCGCUCCAAAACGUACAUGCAGAUCAGCGUGGCUGACACGGACAGGAUGAUCUUAGACCUCCCUGAUGGUCUGUGCACGAUGGAGGAGACUGAAGGAGCUCUUGACCCAUUCUUUGGUCUCAUGGAGUCCCAGCAACUCCCCAGCCCAUACAAAAUACAUCAGGUGGAGUUCGAGGUUUCCGUGCAGCCGAGUCCUGACAAAGAAAAUUUCAGUUCCCCUUCGGCUGCCAUCACCCUGACGGAGAAGGAGCCUGUUGUCAUCAACGCUGCUGAGUGUUUCGAGGGAGACGACCUUCCUGAAGCCACGAUCAAAGACAUCGACUUGUUGAUGGAUCAGCCCGAUCAGUUUCGCCAAGAAGUGGUCGAGGAGCAGACGGAGGACAGGACCAGGGACCAGGGAGUCGUGUCCCCUACUGGACCGCUGAAGGACACGCUGGGGACGGAGAGGGACAGCGAGUGGCUGCUGGACGAAAAGACGGGUCAGGCGGCUCUGACGGGCGUUGCCGUGGAGAUGACGCCUCCGAACGUGGCGAUGCCGAGCGAGGACGUGGAGGGCCAUUCUGCGGCGAGUCCGUGUGAGGAGGUGGCUCCUCCGAGGAGGCGGCACCGAGGAGGACGCCGGCGUCAGCUGGUCUUCGUGGACCCCCAGGUCCAGAUCUCAGAAGGAGCCAUGAAGGAGCAGAUUGGAAACCAGUGGACCGAGACGCAGAAUCUGAAUAAGGUGCUGCUGGACCUGCAGGCAUCAACCAGGCGCGUCGCUCCAGCUCAGCUCUUCAGCGCCCCCUGCUGUCCAUCUCUCAUCCAUCCUGAUCUCCUGUUGCUAUGGAAACAGCGGGCCUCGCUGGCCGUGCUGCCGAGCGGCGAGGAAAGGCGGGGAGCGGAGGGGGAGUCGGAGCAGGACAUGGAGGUGGUGAGAGCGGAGAGGAGGAGGCGGUCGCGCAUGAAGGAGCCGCUCGGUGAUUCAGGACUGCAGACCUCCGAGGGUCCAUCUGUGGUGGACGUGAUGCUGGACCUGUCCAAAGAGGACAAGUCAGGAAGCGACGUGAUGACUCCUGUCAGCAGAUGGUCUCCACAGGAGGACGCCCAGCCACCAAUGGAGGUCAUAUUGGAGGAAGCUAUCGAGCUGCCGGAGGCUCAGUUUGACCCGGAGAGCAGAAACUCAGCCAGCUGGAUCUCCUCCGCCCUGCAGCAUCUGGAGGAGGUGACCUUUGACUCAAUUCUGCCCCCAGAGGCCGACCGCUUCACUGCAGCCCAGACGCUCUACAGACUCUUGGAGCUGCUCUCUGAUAAGAAGCUGACCGCCCAUCAGACGGAACCGUACGGCGACAUCAUCAUAAAGUCAGGAGGAGGGCUCAAGAUGGCCGCCUGA